AUGGCGGUUUCGGACAACACCAGAGGGUUAAUUCUAGCGAUCUUGUCGAGCUUGUUCAUUGGUGCAAGCUUCAUCUUGAAGAACAAAGGCCUCAAGCGUGCUGCUUCUGCUGGUACUCGCGCAGGAGUUGGAGGCUACACUUACCUGCUAGAACCACUUUGGUGGGCGGGCAUGAUGACAAUGAUUGUUGGAGAAGUUGCUAAUUUCGUGGCUUAUGUUUAUGCUCCAGCAGUUCUUGUGACCCCUCUUGGUGCAUUGAGUAUAAUUGUUAGUGCUUUUUUGGCACACUUCAUGUUGAAGGAACGUUUGCGGCAUAUGGGUGUUCUGGGAUGUGUUUCAUGCAUUGUGGGGUCAGUGGUGAUUGUAAUACAUGCACCCCAGGAGCAUAUUCCAAAUUCUAUACAAGGAAUCUGGACUUUGGCAACUCAACCAGCAUUUUUAAUUUAUGUAGCAGCUGCAUUAUCAAUCGUGCUAGCUUUGAUUUUGCGUUUUGAACCUCGCUAUGGGCAGACAAACAUAUUAGUCUACUUGGGAAUAUGUUCAUUAAUGGGUUCACUUACGGUUGUAAGCAUUAAGGCAAUUGGAAUUGCAAUAAAGCUUACACUGGAGGGAAUAAGUCAAAUUGAAUAUCCUCAGACUUGGUUUUUUCUCACAGUUGCAGCUGUCUGUGUUGUCACACAAUUGAAUUAUCUCAACAAGGCUUUGGAUACAUUCAAUGCGGCUAUCGUUUCUCCAAUAUAUUACGUGAUGUUCACUACUCUUACCAUUGUUGCUAGCGCAAUAAUGUUCAAGGAUUGGUCAGGUCAGGAUGCAAGCAGCAUAGCUUCUGAGACAUGUGGAUUCAUCACUGUACUUUCAGGGACAAUUAUACUUCAUGCAACGAGAGAACAGGAACCAGUUAAUGCAUUAGGUACAAAGAGAAUUUAA